UCUUGCUAAACGGAUAAUAUUCAAUAGAAACUCGGUUGUUUUUAUGUUGUUUUAUUCGUUUUUUGGGCAUCAAUGUGUUUUCUUCUUGACGUGUGUGCAUUCGUACUUGGACAGCAACCGUGAGCGCAACACACACUAUAAACCCAAUUUUUUCCUCAUCAUCAAUUUAGUUCAAAUCAUUUUAGUUUUACACUCAAUUUUGUUUGACUCGUCAAUUCUUUCGUUGGAUUUUUUUUUCUUCAAUGAUUUUUCGGGAGUUCUUUUUCCGUCGAUUUAAAUGUACGGCCGUUGAUUCUAUAUUAAAAAAUAAAAUUAAUGUCAUAAAAGUCGUUGAUUUGAAUUCGUUCUGAAAUAUUGUUUGUUUGAUGAUUUCACAUAUUCAGUUUCAUCUGAAGGAAGAGAGAAAGAAACUUGACCAUCAAUUUCAUGCGAUAAUGUGAUUUGUGUUUGUUUUAAAAAUAUAAUAUAAUUUGACUUCUAAAAAUGUGAACUAGAAAAAAAAUUAUUCGAAUAUCCACAAUUUUGGUCGUCAAAUGAAUAAACCAACGGCAGUUAUUGAAAUUAAGUGAUUAAAAUAUGGAAAAAUAAGUUGGCAUGACAUUUAUUUGAAUCAAGCCUAUGUUCUGAAACAUAAUUAAAAAAAAAAUAAAUAAAACAUGGAACAGUGCAAAUCAAUUAUAUAUGCAGUGUAGAUUAAAAAGAGAAGAAAAAAAUCACCCGUGUUUUCUGUGCGUUAGUUUCAAAUUAUUGAAACAAAAGUAGAAACCAACUAGUAACUAGUAAAAAAGUACAUUUAGUAAAUUACGAUUACAAAAUAGCGCCGAACAUAUUCAAUCUGGCGGUCGCUCGACCUUCAAUGGCAGUUGGUAGAGGAACAGGAGCCAGUCCUCCUGUGCCGUUGCAAACAACACCAACGAAUCCAGUCGCGGCAUCCACCCCACAUUUAAAUCAAAAUGUAGCUGCUGCAGCUGCAGCUGCGGCUGCCGCUGCUGCUCAUCAUCCUCAUCCAAUAUUGGCACCCAGUCCACUGUUUGCAUUGCCAACGUUAAAUUUUACGGCGUCACAAGUGGCAACCGUUUGUGAAACGCUCGAAGAAUCGGGUGAUAUUGAACGUUUGGCCAGAUUUCUAUGGAGUUUACCGGUAUCAUUUCCAAAUUUACGUGAACUUGAACAUUCAGAAGCUGUAUUAAGAGCCAGAGCUAUUGUUGCCUAUCACACUGGUCAAUUUCGUGAAUUAUACACAAUCCUAGAACGUCAUAAAUUCACAAAGCAUUCACAUGGGAAAUUGCAAGCGAUGUGGCUUGAAGCGCAUUAUCACGAGGCGGAAAAGUUGCGUGGCCGACCUUUAGAUUGGUCAAAUUCUGUUUUUCCAGGCCCUGUCGAUAAAUAUCGUGUGCGUAAGAAGUUUCCAUUGCCACGGACGAUCUGGGAUGGUGAACAAAAGACACACUGCUUUAAAGAGCGUACACGAAGCCUUCUGCGAGAGUGGUAUCUGCAAGAUCCGUAUCCAAAUCCAACGAAAAAACGUGAACUGGCUCAGGCAACUGGUUUAACGCCAACGCAAGUAGGAAAUUGGUUCAAAAAUCGAAGGCAACGUGAUCGAGCGGCUGCUGCAAAAAACAGAAUGAAUCAACCGAUGUCUGGUUCGGGCGGCACAUCAUUGCGGUCACGUCAAACCGAUAAUUCAUCGCCAAUACCAUCAGACGAUUCGGAUUCAGAUAUAUCACUGGGAACACAUUCGCCGGUACCGAGCAGUUUGUCACUUCAACACAGUCCCGGUUCAACGUCGGGCGGUGGUAACGAUGAUCGUUUAAUGCAUGACGAUUUGCAACGUGAUCGUGAGAAAGAUUUUCGAAGUUUUUCCUUGGGUGGAUUUUCAUUUGAUGCACAUUCUCCCGCUAUGGCUGGAGCAUUUAGUCGCUUUUUACCCACAUUGCCUUACCCAUUUGUUGGUGGUGAUAAUUCACCGCCGAUUAGUACGCAUUCACCUCCGACAGCAAUUGCAAUGACAAACAUUGGUAACGGCAAUCGAAUUCCGUUGAGCACACGUGAUUCACGCGAUUCAAUCGAUUAUAUGAAUAUACCAACGGUUGUAAGACCUCAACCACAACUACCAUCUUCAGCUACCAUUGCCGCCGGCAGUCAUUUAACAAAUGGUACAGCGACAACAUUGUCACCGCUUCGAAUACGUGUCAGUUCACCGAACCGCAUCAAUUCAACUGAUAUGACAUCGGGUUUAGGAUCAACAACACAAAUGCCCACGCAUCGUACAAAUGGAAUUGUUCGAAUAGUCGGUGGUAAUAAUACAUCAAGUACAAUACGAAAUCCAACAUCGGGAGCACCGACACUGCAUCGACCAUUUUCACCGUCGCCCCAGCCCAAAGACACGUGAUGUGAGGUGGUUUCAUAAUGAAUGAAAAUGACGAUGUACUUCCUUCUAUGGUUCGAAUCAAUUGGCAAUUUGAAUUCGUCAACGACAAAAUACAAGCAUUCAUAUUUCAAAUUAAAUGACAAAAAAAAACACGAAGAAAAUCAACUUCGACAGUUAUGUUAAACAAUGAAAGAAGUGAAAUAUGAAUACUAUAUACCAAUUUUAAUAAAAUGUAUCUAUUUCUAGAACAAUGUUUGGGGCAAUCAGUGCUUAAAGCUAGAAUUUAAACUUGCUCUUUCUAAAUGCCACUAAACUUCGCACUUCUCUUUUCUAAUGUGUUGGGAGUCAGUACCAACACCACAUUUACUCAUGCCAGGUUUUCCGAGAAACAAUAAAAAACGAAAACACAAACUUUACCAUGUCAUUGCGCCACUAUGAGUGAGAAAUCAUACAUUAAUUACGACUCUACUUUAAAAAAUAAAACGUCAAUAGACUAUACUCUGCUUGGUUUUAUCCUGCGAUUAAAUUACUUUUUGACACAAAAAAAUGGCAAAAAAAGAAUUAAUUUUCAUACUAGUGCGAAGUUUAGCUUGACAUUGGAAUGAAUUAAAAGUUGGCCUACAUUAAUUUUGUUUUCUCGUAAAAACCGAACGUGUUUUUUAAUGUUCAUACCAAUCAGAUGAGAGAUUAUUAUAAUACAGUAUACGAGCACUGUGCGCCCCAAAACAAGAAAUUAGCAUGGAUCGAAAAAAAAAUCAUGGUUCAAAUAGUGGUAAAGAAGCACAUAGACGAAAUAUUUAAAUUUGAUGGCUUUGAUUGAACUACAGUAGCACAAAUUAAAAGAGAAAAAAAAGAACCCAAGGUGAGUUAGUUUAAAUACAAAUGUUUAUUACGCUAAUAAUACUUGUAAAACCGAACGAUUGAAUUUUAAGGAAGCAUACACAAAACGAAGAAAUAUAGUAACGAACAAAUAUGCAUGCAUUCAAAGCGAACUAAAACAGUUUAUAUAUGCAUUCUAAUCACUAUAUUUAAGAAGAAUUUACGCUAAAAUCAGAGGGUAUUUCCAUUGAAAAAUCGUCAAGAUUUAUUUUUCUAUGUUGAAAAAUUAAUCAGCGCCGAUAAAUCAUUGGGAAAAGACAUCAACAAAACAACCCAAACACAACAACAACAAAAAAAUGAAUAUAUAAAAUAGUUCUUAAGAAUUGUUUGGAGAACAACUAUUAAUAUUUUCUAAACAGAAUAUAUGUUGGCUGCCGUAAUACAAGCGUAGGUGUCAUUUUAUUUUGGAAACACUACACUGGCAAACAAGCAAUGCAAAACUAAUUGAGAAAAUAAAAGAAAAUCUGAAACAUUUCAAGCUUUGUACUUGACGGAGAUAUCAAUUUUUCUUUUUUUUUUUUUGUUUACGUGCAUAUAAAUUCACCAUUGUGUGUUGUUAAAAUUUAAAAUAAAACUUUGUGAACGAUAAUGUAGAAUUUUUCUCAGAAAAAAAAAACGAGAAUAAAGACAAAUGUUUUUUUGUUUAUCGAUAUUGAUAAUUUAUUGAGUCAUACUUGUUCGAAUAUCACAAUUAGUAAUAAUUGCUGAAUCCAGUAGGUAUUGAGGUGCUAAUGAGCAGAGGAUGGAUCAAUUGAUUCGCCUCGGUUGGAAAAGAAACAACACUACGAGCCGUAUACUCAAAUGGUUAUUCACUUCCAGGGCACAGGUUUCAGGAAUUAUUUCUUAAUAGAAUGUAUUUUAUUUGAAAACGAUUUGUAGUGAUUAGAAACAUUUGAAUAACAUUUUUUUUGAAUUAUGAUUUGAACUUAUCUGAAUUGGCAUGAAUUUCGGUAAAUUUGGAAAGAUUGGAAAAGAGGCGAUGCUCUUGAUUUACUUCGAUUUGAGAUGGGAAUUAUUGGCAAAAAAUAUCCGAAUUUGAACAAUAAAAAGAAGAUUGCUCACAAUAUGUACACGGUAACUUUUUCCCAAGUUCAAGAUUCACGUCCUCGUUCCAUGUUCUUUCAGUGCUUUCAUAUUUUUGUUUCAUACUCAUAAUCAGACAUUCUAUUGAGAUAUAUUCAGACAGCCAACGUCAGGCUAAGCAGAUAUCAGUUUUAUCCUGCAGACUCUGAAAUGGAGUGAAAACAACAGAAGUGAUUGUUAUAGUGUUUGUAACAACGGAAGUGUUUUUACGCCUAUAAAAAUCACUUCUUUUGUUUUCACUCCAUUUCAGCGCCUGGCGUUAGCCGGUUGAAAAUAUCUCGAUACAAUAUCUGCUCAUAACCAUUCAGCCAAAAAAAAUGUUGGGAAUUGCUUUCAAAAAUUCAGAGGUAAUUAAACAAUUAAAGUUACAACAGAAAAUUUUGGUCACAAAAAAACUAUCUUAAUAUAUUUCUCUCACACAAAUAUUUAGGCAAAACAAAAAAACAAAAUAAUAACAAAAAACAUACAUUCUGCAUUCAAAAUUACCUUACUCUUGUAUCAAUUAAAGAUAACUACAUAAGGAAUAUUAUAAAAUAUAAGUUACAAAUAAUUAAAAUCAUGUAAAUAUUGUAACACGAAAGAAGAAGAAAAAAUGUGUGGAAAAUAUGAGGAAAGAGGAAAACAACUCAAAAAAUUAGUAAAAUAUAUAUACACGUAGACAUUUAAGUAAGAUAAGCAAAUAAAAAAGAGAAUUGUGAAAAGAAUGUCAAAAUAAAGGACAGUUACUACUUGUCGCACUGAACUAUAUUAUAUACAUAAAUAUAUUAUGUAUAUAUGAAAAUAGACAGAUUUUUUUA